AUGUCAUCGUCGCCUGCAACGGGAGAGACGUUCCUCGUCAUUGGCGGAUGUGGCUUCCUCGGUCACAACUUGGCAUCCGCCUUGAUCGGUCGCGGCGAGAGCAAAGUCCACAUCGUCGAUGUUCGUCCUCCUCCUCAGCAUUUGCUCCUCGACAAGGCUACAUAUCACACAGGGGACAUCACUGAGCUCAACAGCAUCAAGGACGUCAUAUUCAAAGUCAAGCCUGAUGCUAUCUUCCAUACUGCCUCACCCGUCGCCGUUGCCUCGCUCUCACAACAGAUUAUGGAAAAGGUCAAUGUCGAAGGCACAAGGAACGUCGUAGAGGCUGCAAAGGCGACGAAUGUUCGCAAGCUCAUCUUCACAUCGAGCGCAAGCGUCGUCUUCACGGGCGAGGACCUAGUCUACGGCGAUGAGAGGUUGCCAUUCCCCGAGAACAUCUUUGACGUCUACAGCCAGACAAAGGCAACGGCAGAGACCAUCGUCCUCGAGGCCAACACGCCGGACAGCGACAAGGGCGUAGUACCAAAGACGGGCCUUCGUACCGUAGCUAUCCGACCAGCCGGCAUCUUCGGUCCCAAUGACCGUCAAGCCAUCCCUGGGUUUUUCAAUACUCUGGCCUCGGGCAAGUCCAAGUACCAGAUCGGCAACAACACCAACCUCUUCGACUGGACCUACGUGGACAACGUCUCUCACGCUCACCUUCUCGCAUCAGACCGCCUCGAAACCAACGGCUACGAUGUCAGGCUGCUCGCUUCCUUCCACCUGCCGCGCGUUUUGGGCGAAGAGGAGAGGCCAGAACGAGGCGUACCCACGAGCGAGAGGAGACCAGACGUGUCCGGCGCAAAGGACUAUGCUCGCUCGCUGCCCUCGACUCUGUCAUCGACCACUCGCGAGGAGACGCUCGACGUACGACCCGUCGUGCGCAACAAGUACGACCAGUUCUUCCACUUCGUCCAUCCGGAUGUCCCCUCCCCCAACUCUCCCCUGCCCGAAGUGCCCCUCACCUCAGAAUACAUCCCAGUAGCGGGCGAGGCCUUCUUUGUCACCAAUGGCCAGCCGAUGCCCUUCUGGGACUUUGCUCGUGCUUUGUGGUCGCAGGUGUCGCCGUCCUUUGUGGCCUCUGGAGGCAAGCCCUGGGUCAUCUCGAAGGAUAUCGGCCUCACCCUCGGCGGUCUCUCAGAGACUUUCGGCUGGCUGACUGGCAAAGAGGUGACGCUGACCAAAUUCAAGGUGGCCUUCUCGUGCGCGACGCGAUACUACAACAUAGAAAAGGCGAGGAGGGUGCUGGGCUACGAGCCGCGAGUCGGCAUGCAAGAGGCCAUCAAGAGGAGCGCAGACUGGUGGAUGUCGACGCCUGACGGUCAGGCCUUCAAGGCACAAGAGGCUGGCAAAAAGGUGGCCGUAGCGCAGUAG